AUUCGCACUUAGUGACAAGAAGGUAUAAAUAUAUCGUGUUUCCUGGUAUGAAGAAUAAGAUCAACUGAAUCUCAUCAUAUCUCAAAAACAUCCGACCAACUUAUAUCCUCCGAAGCAGUUUCAAGAUUCUUCUGAUUUCAAUCAAGAUGAGCGAGAUUAGUACAGUUGCGAUAGCUGGAGCCUCUGGCACCCUUGGGCCUCACGUUCUCAAAGCACUUGUUGAUGCAGGCUUCCAAGUUACAGUUCUCACUCGUGGCAAGCCAGGGACGUAUGAUUCGAGCAUCAAAGUCCUUGAAGUAGAUUAUACUUCUUUGAAAUCUUUGACCGCCGCCCUCAAAGGAAUUGAUGCCGUCGUGUCAACUGUGGGUGGUGAAGCGAUCGAGAGUCAAAUUAUCCUCAUUGACGCCGCUGUUGCCGCGGGCGUGAAACGUUUCAUUCCUUCUGAAUUUGGCAGCGUUAGCACAAAUCCCAAACUUGAAGGCUUUCCAUUGUACAGCUCCAUGGCCAAGAUUCGAAAGCAUCUUCAACAGAAGGCGGCAGCUGGCGAGUUGACUUGGACGGUUCUUGUAUGCGGUGCCUUCCUAGACUUCUUAUUAAACACUCCCAUAUUGCUGAACUUUGCAAACCAUUCUGUAACUCUCAUGGAUGAGGGAGAUAACAGAAUUAGUACGACUUCCCUGCCAAAGGUUGGGACGGCUAUAGCUGCGAUCUUAAAAAACUUUGACGCAACGAAAGACAAAAUUGUGCAUACAUCUGAGGCCAUUCUGACUCAAAACCAGUUGUUGGAGUUUGCAAAAGAGAUUAAUUCUGAAAUUAAGUGGGAGGUUAGCAAGGUACAAUCGAGUGUGCUUUUGACGGAGAGUCUAGAACAAUUUGGCGUUGGAGAUCACAGUAUGCCAGUUAUUAUGAAGCUACUGAAAGCCACAGCUCUCGCUGGCGAUACGUAUGGCGGUGCGUAUGAUGUGACGGAUAAUAAGCUACUUGGUAUUAAGGAAUUGACCGCGGAAGAACUGAAGAAACUUGUUGCCGAGAAGCUCACAGAGAAGUGAAUGGG